UCUAUCACAUUCUAUCUUAUUCUAUAUGAGUAGGUGGGGGAAGAUGUAGGGUUAAGGGUAGGGUAAGUUAAAAAUUUUCCUGGGACUUUUUUUUCAACUAGUAAAGACACCCUCAGAGUGUCAGUCGUCGCCGUCGAAGUGAGUCGAUUUCUCCGGUGUUUCCAAUACAGUGUUAGAAGAAUGAAACGAUUUCUCUGUAUUUUCGUUCCUCUGGAUAUGUCGUCCAAGAAACAGUGUAACGCGUAAGUACCGUAAAGUUAUAUAUUGCAUAUAUAUUGCAUACAUUUUUCAACAUUUAAUUGUAUUUUUCAAACAGUUUUAGCAAUCGACGUUACAUGCCGUAUGUUCCUCGAAGCAGUUAUACGCCAUCCGUUUCUCGACAUGAAACUGUUUCGUGCAAGAAACAGCAUGAUGCUUCUGAUAAACCUCGUUACACGCCUCGUAUCAUGAGCAGGAGAUUCGUCCUGACAUCUACUGCGUACAAAUACUUGGAUGUUGGAAUCUGCGUGGUACCUGAUGCAUCCUAUGUGGAAUUCAUUCUCGGCGACAAUCGUGGAAAUAAGAUGGCGUUAAAUCAUUCAACGUGGAUGGAAUUUAACAAGAAACGUGCCGAAAUAGAGCAGCUCUUCAAGUCAACAGACGCAUCAUCAUCGGUACAGAUUGACAAUUUAGUUUUAGAACUUGUUAGAAUGUACAAUAAAAAAGUUGUAAAAUUCACGUUAGAUGACACUUGCAUGUACAUGAACAUGUCAACUGUAUUAUUUUUACUCAAUCUCGAACAUUGUGUAGAGCAUGUAUAUCGCAAACUGUCGGAGGAUAUAGAAGCUGUAAAUGAAAGCUUCGAUCAAUUUGUGUAUUGUUUGCAAAGUAAUAUGACCAGUGCCGAGAGAGAUGAUGCAAUUGGUAUACUGUACGAGGUGUAUGAUAAAACUUCUGUCAUAGAUUGUGAAUUAAUAGUUUAUGCUGUAGAUAAACUUAUUGCUGAAACCUUAAAACGAGCCCCUAUAAAAAGGGGCAACCGAGCGUCGAAUAGCACUCCUUUGGAGACGAGCUUCCGAGCAACAGCCGCUUAUCCGCAAGUCUCAAUACCCGACUCCUGUCGCACGCUAAGCAGUGGGAAACCAGCGGUGGAGAGUACUCCGCCACGGUCGAGCUUUCUCGACACUGCGCACGCGUGCUCACCUGCACACCGUACCCGGACACACACGGAAUGGAGCGCUCUCCGCCUCGACCGAGGAUUCUCGGGCCCGGGUACAUUACCUGACCGCAUAUCGGACACCGGCUCACAGGGACCAGGAAGUGGAGUGUACUCCGCUUCCCCCGAGUUUUCUCGGCACCCGCCGUAG